GCUGGUGUCAGCCGAGCAGAUAAUUGAAAGGAUUCUGUCCGGGGACUGAGACUAGCUGAAACUAGUUGAGAAAAGUACAACGAAGAGAUAACACAGUUCCCCAGCACUCCUGCAAGUCUGAACUUACCAGGGAAAAUUUACUAGGAGCAAGGGUCAGGAUGGAGUUGCGAGCUGUCUGUGUCAUUGUGCUGGUCACAUUUCUUGCUCUGAGUUCUCAAGCUGCAAAAAACAAAAAAGAAAAGGGUAAGAAGGGAGGUUCAGACUGCACAGAGUGGAGUUGGGGACCCUGUACCCCCAAAAGCAAAGACUGUGGUGUGGGCACAAGGGAAGGAGUGUGUAAAGAUGAGACUCGUGAACUCAAGUGCAAGAUUCCCUGCAACUGGAAGAAAGCUUUUGGAGCUGACUGCAAGUACAAGUUUGAAGGCUGGGGAGAAUGUGACUCUACCACUGGUGUGAAGGUUCGUUCUGGAACUCUGAAGAAGGCUCUGUACAACGCAGAGUGUCAGCAAACAGUGGAGGCUACGAAACCCUGCUCCCCAAAAAACAAGUCUAAAUCCAAAGGCAAGAAAGGUCGGGGUAAAGAGUAAAAUGAGAUCUGAAUAUUCCGCCUGGAUGAUAUUACCUGCGGAAUCAUGGAGUCACCCCCCCCACACACCUUAAAAAAAAUCCAACAUGCACUCUUUCCAGCCCUGUGUUCCCAAAUGUAUCCACUACAAGUUCUUUUUUUUGAGACUUAUAUUUUUAAUCACUAAUGGGAUUUUUUUUUUAGGAAAAAAAGGAAAAAGGAAUCGAAAAAAAAAAAAUCUUCUUCAAAGGACCCCUUACCCUGGUAUUGACAGCACUGUUGCGUACCAAUCUGCCUCUUUUUCUCUUAUUUUUUAGGAAGAUUCCUUUUUGUUUUGCAGUUUUAUAAUAAAUGUACAGUGUGAAUUUGUA